GGCCAUGCCUAUCCUUGAUUCAUGUGACAGAGUAUACCAUUUGGUGGAUUAGUUUAAACUGGUUGUCAGAUUGAUUUGAUGAAGUUCGGAAAGGAAUUCAAGGUACAUCUGGAAGAAACCCUCCCCGAAUGGAGGGACAAAUACCUGCGAUACAAGUACUUGAAGAAGCUACUCAAGUCCCUCCCUGCCCACUCCUCUUCCUCCUUGAAUCCGGUUGGCGACGGAACUGGUGGAGACAUUUUCCAUCCACCCCAGCCCCCUGAGCUCCAUGACUGGUUCAUCAGAUUACUAGGUGAAGAUCUCGAAAAGUUCAAUGAUUUCUAUGUCGAGCAAGAAGAGGAGUUCAUUAUUCGCUUUCAGUUGCUACAGGAACUGAAGGAAAGAAUUGAGAGGGUGAAGGAGAAGAGUGGAAGAGAUGUAGCUUUCACAUCAGAGAGUGAGUUCAGUGAGGAAAUGAUGGAUAUACGCAAAGACUUUGUUGCUAUACAUGGGCAGAUGGUCUUACUUCAGAAUUAUAGCUCCUUAAACUUUGCAGGUCUUGUAAAGAUCCUUAAGAAGUAUGAUAAGCGAACCGGGGAAUUGUUGCGCCUGCCUUUCACACAGUAUGCUGUUCACCAACCUUUCUUCACAACUGAACCUCUUACCAGAUUAGUUCGUGAGUGCGAGGCUAACCUUGAGCUUCUGUUUCCGUUAGAAGCAGAAGUUAUUGAGGAAAGUGCUCCUUCUGUCCCUGAUCAUCCGGAAGCUUCCUCUUCAAAUGCUUCAAACAUCUCCCGAGACACUAAAUUGCAGCUUGGGGAGAAAAAUGUGGACAUAUAUAGGAGCACACUUGCUGCAAUAAGAGCCAUACAGGGCCUACGGAAGGCAAGCUCAACUUCAAACCCAUUAUCAUUUUCAUCUCUCUUGGGGGAUGUUGAUAGUACAGGUUCAGUAACUGCAGAGAACUCUUCUGGCUCCGAUACCAUGUUUAGCUCUCGGGAUGAAGAAGAGACAAACCAGGUGGCUAAAGUUUCUCGUUCCCCUAAAUAGAAACUCAUUUUGUUUUUUGACUUUUAAAUUCCGAGACAGUAUAUGGUUUCAUAGUAAUAAAUGAUAGCCUAUACAGUGUAACGUGAGGCCAAAAUCCGAAGGGGUGGCAUACUAGUUUCUCUUUUCUUUUCUUUUCGUUGACUCAAUUGGUUGUGAAUGAGAAUAUAGAAUUUGUUGAUUUGAUUCCUUGUAUCUCUCUGAAGUGUAUAGAAUGAUGACAUUGUGUAUUGCCUUCAUUACAAAGAGCACCUCAUUUAUCAUGUUCUAAAACCAAGCACCAAGGUGGAGCAUAAGCAGG